AUGAAAUUAGGAUAUAAUGAAAUAAUGAUAACAUCAAUGUACUUUAAUGAUAUUAAAGAUUUUAUUAAUUUAGAAAUAGGAAUUAAAAGAUUUCAAGGAAAUACUGAACGAUUUCAUUUUAAUCCAAUUCCAUUAGAUGAAUAUUCAAGAAAGUUCUUUCCUAAUAUUGAAACAUUUCAUAUUUAUAAUGAAGAAGAUGAAGAAUUUGAUGAUGGAAGAAUAUUUAAAAAAGUAAUAUGGUAUGAUAUUAGUUAUUCACAGUACUUAAAAGAGAAAGAAGAAGGAAAUGAAUGUAAACAUAUAAAAUACACAGAAAGUGAUAGAGAAAAAUAUGGAUGUCCAAUACCAAAGAAUGUAAGUAUUAUUGGAGAGAAUUGUUUUAAAGAUUGUUAUGAUUUGACAACACUUAAUAUCCCAACAACAAUCACCAAAUUAGGAAACAAAUGUUUUGACCAAUUUUGGUCACUUACAUCAAUUACUAUAGCAACAACAAUAAAAGAAUUAUGGGAGAGUUGUUUUGAUGAUUGUUAUUCAUUAACAAAUAUUUCUAAUGAAAAUUUAAUGUUUGUUAGUAAAGAAAGGAUAUUUAUGAAUGAAGCAAUAUUGAUGAGCAUUAAAACACCAAAAAACUUACAAACAAUAAAUGGAAAAAGAGUUAAAAUGAAAAACAUUAAUCAAUUUAAUAUUCCAUCAUCAAUACAUAAAUUAGCAAAUAACUGUUUCAAAGAAUGCACCUUAUUAACAACAAUUAUUAUCCCAACUACAAUUAAUGAAUUAGGAAAGAAUUGUUUUGCUGGUUGUUCUUCAUUAAAAGAAAUUGUUAUACCAACUACAAUCAAUGAAUUACCUGAUUAUUGUUUUUAUAAAUGUAAGUCAUUAAGUGAUAUUACCAUUCCAUCAACUAUUACUUCAUUUGGAAAAUACUGUUUUUUAUGGAUGUGUGUCAAUGAUAAGUGA